AACCUGACAAUCUUGAUAUCCGUUUUAUGUGCAUAUUAAAAAAUCGCGAAAAUAAACAAAUUUUGAAAUAAUAUACCUGAAAAUUAAGAUUAAGUGAUUUUGAGAUUUGUGAUUUUUAAGUGUAAAGUGAUAUAUUGCUAUUAAAUUUAUUUACUUGUGAUAGCUUAAGACUAUAAAAAGCUACAACAUCAAUGCCGGACUCGUACUGAAUUACCGGCUGAUGGAUACUGUCAUGGAAAUUGAUAGUCAGAACAGUUCUGGAGCACCUGAGUUAAUAAAUUUUUUAGAAAUCAAUUCCAGUAAUGUAGAUAAAACGUAUUCUGACGGAGAACCAAACGAAUCUGAGUCUGUUACCGGCAUAGUAAAUACCACUUGUGAAUCGGACUGUAUAAAAAAUGUCUUCGAAUAUCCGUCCUUGUUCCCUAACAGAACAUUACUAGAACUGUGUAGCUCUUCAUGGUCGCGUUCCCCUAAAACUAAACAGAAUGUGCAACCUUAUUUGCGAGGUUGCAAAUGGUCGCCAGAUGGUACCUGUUGCUUGUCUGUGGUCAACAAUGAUGGGGUCCAUGUAACAGAGUUACCACGAGACUUAUAUUCAGGUUCUGUAACUGCAGAUCGGACAAUAGAUGUGUUGGAUUCAAUCAUACAUGUAAAAGAAGCUGGAUUGGUAUAUGAUUUCUGCUGGUAUCCUGGCAUGAAUAGUAACAUCCCAGAAACAUGUUGUUGGAUUACAACACGCCAAAAUGCUCCAAUACAAAUGUGGGAUGCUUUUGAUGGCUCCUUACGUUGUUCCUACAGAGGAUUCAAUUCUGUAGACGAGAUGGAACCAGCUCUGUCCAUUACAUUCAGUCAAGAAGGAACUAGGAUUAUUGCUGGUUAUAAGAAAGUGCUUAGAACAUUUGACGUGGAGAGGCCAGGCCGAGAUUUCUCUGAACACAAGAUUACAAGUUCUGCAUCAUGCUUUGCUACCAAUAGUAAUUUGCUGGCUGUAGGAUCUUGGAAUACAACCAUUAGUUUGUACAAUAUUAGUGAAAUGGGAACAUACAAAAGUAUAGGGAAAAUGCAUGGACAUUCAGGUGGCGUUACACAUGCAAAGUUCACACCAGAUGGCUUAAGACUUGUAUCAGGAGCACGCAAAGAUCAUCGCCUACUUGUGUGGGAUAUCAGAUAUUACAGGAGGCCACUAAACAUAUUGAGCAGGGUUGUUAACACCAAUCAAAGGGUAUAUUUUGAUAUAUCACCAUGUGGUAGAUAUUUGGUAUCCGGUGGAACGGAUGGGAUACUUAAAGUGUGGGAUGUGGAACAAGUGGAUUGGAAAUCAAGUUUAGACGUCACUGAUGUGGAUAUUGAUAAUGUUACAUUUAAGUUUCCCAUACAUAGAGAUUGCUGUAAUAGUGUGUCAAUUCAUCCAUACAGACCCAUAGUGGCUACUGGUUCGGGACAGUAUCAUUUUACUGAUCCUUUCACAUUACUUGAUGAAAACGAACCAAAUAUAUUAAAUAGACAAAUGAAUCCAGAAGAACUUAAUAGUGAAUGCGAGCAAGAAAUUUUACAAGAUUUACGAUAUUCACAAAAUACUGAAAACAGCUUAGUGUUUUGGUGGACUGGCAGCGUGCCUGAUAUAACGUAGACAAUGUGAUAAUACAUGUUAUAGUAUAUAAAAUAAAUAUAAUUUGAACAUG